GGUCCCCAGACAGCUGGAGGAGAUAAACAGAGGAGGAGGAGGGAGGGGAGUGCGUGUGUGAGAGCGCGCGAGGGAGUGUGAGUGUGUGUGAGCGCGGGUGUGAGGCGGUGCGCAGGGGCGGGCGGAGGCGCUGUCCGGCCCCGGCCAGGCGCCGGGCGGGGAGCAUGGGAAGGGGCUAGAGCUGCCUGGGCCCCCCAGCCCCCUUCCCGGGAUCCGCGCCCGCACUCCCGGGAGAGGGGCCGGGCCCCCCGGACGGACAUGGGCUCCUGAAGUUGCGCUGCCGCUGGAUCGGGGAAGAGACCUGACAGGUAAUUAAAUGUGUGUCUUGUGGACCUGGGCUUGGCUGGAAUGCUCAAGGGUCCUGAAGAUUCUUCUAUAGUUUCCUUCUGUUGAACCCAUUAAGAGAAGAUGGCAAAAGUCAACAUAACUAGAGACCUCAUCCGCAGGCAGAUCAAGGAGCGGGGCGCCCUGAGCUUUGAGCGGCGUUACCAUGUCACUGACCCCUUUAUCCGGCGGCUGGGCCUGGAAGCAGAGCUGCAGGGUCACUCAGGGUGUGUCAACUGUCUGGAGUGGAAUGAGAAAGGAGACUUGUUGGCCUCCGGUUCUGAUGACCAGCACACAAUUGUGUGGGACCCGCUGCACCACAAGAAGCUGCUCUCCAUGCACACAGGACACACUGCAAAUAUCUUCUCUGUCAAGUUCCUCCCUCAUGCUGGGGACCGCAUCUUGAUCACGGGGGCAGCUGACUCCAAAGUUCACGUCCACGACCUGACCGUAAAGGAGACCAUCCAUAUGUUCGGAGACCACACAAACCGUGUGAAACGCAUCGCCACAGCGCCCAUGUGGCCCAACACAUUCUGGAGUGCUGCUGAGGAUGGGCUCAUCCGCCAGUAUGACCUUCGGGAGAACAGCAAACACUCAGAGGUGCUGAUCGACCUGACAGAGUACUGUGGCCAGCUGGUGGAGGCCAAGUGCCUCACCGUCAACCCCCAGGACAACAACUGCCUGGCCGUCGGGGCGAGCGGGCCCUUCGUGAGGCUCUACGACAUCCGCAUGAUCCACAACCACAGAAAGAGCAUGAAGCAGAGCCCUUCAGCAGGCGUGCACACCUUCUGUGACCGGCAGAAGCCCCUUCCCGACGGAGCAGCCCAGUAUUAUGUGGCAGGUCACCUGCCAGUGAAGCUGCCUGACUACAACAACCGUCUGAGAGUGCUGGUUGCCACCUACGUGACCUUCAGCCCCAAUGGCACGGAGCUGCUAGUCAACAUGGGAGGGGAACAGGUCUAUCUGUUUGACUUGACUUACAAGCAGCGGCCCUACACUUUCCUGUUGCCCAGAAAAUGCCACUCCUCAGGAGAAGUUCAGAAUGGCAAGAUGUCUACCAACGGCGUGUCCAACGGCGUGUCCAAUGGCCUGCACCUUCACAGUAAUGGCUUCCGGCUGCCAGAGAACAGGGGACAUGUCAGCAGCCCCCAAGUAGAGCUGCCCCCAUACCUGGAGCGAGUGAAGCAACAGGCCAAUGAGGCAUUUGCCUGCCAGCAAUGGACCCAGGCCAUUCAGCUCUACAGCAAGGCCGUGCAGAGAGCUCCUCACAAUGCCAUGCUGUACGGAAACCGAGCUGCUGCCUACAUGAAGCGCAAGUGGGAUGGGGACCACUACGAUGCCCUGAGGGACUGCCUCAAGGCCAUCUCCCUAAACCCAUGCCACCUGAAGGCACACUUCCGCCUGGCCCGCUGUCUCUUUGAGCUCAAGUAUGUGGCCGAGGCCCUGGAGUGCCUGGAUGACUUCAAAGGGAAGUUCCCGGAGCAGGCCCACAGCAGUGCUUGUGAUGCCCUGGGCCGCGACAUCACAGCUGCCCUCUUCUCCAAAAACGACGGUGAGGAGAAGAAGGGAGCUGGCGGCGGCCCUGUCCGCCUCCGCGGCUCAAGCCGCAAGGACUCCAUCUCUGAGGACGAGAUGGUGCUGCGGGAGCGAAGCUAUGACUACCAGUUCCGCUACUGUGGCCACUGCAACACCACCACGGACAUCAAGGAGGCAAAUUUCUUCGGCAGCAAUGCUCAGUACAUCGUCAGUGGCUCUGAUGAUGGCUCCUUCUUCAUUUGGGAAAAGGAGACCACCAAUCUAGUCCGCGUGCUUCAGGGGGACGAAUCUAUUGUCAACUGCCUGCAGCCGCACCCGAGCUACUGCUUCCUGGCCACCAGCGGCAUCGACCCUGUUGUGCGGCUCUGGAACCCCCGACCAGAGAGUGAAGACCUCACCGGCCGCGUUGUGGAGGACAUGGAGGGCGCUUCUCAGGCCAACCAGCGGCGCAUGAACGCAGACCCGCUGGAGGUGAUGCUGCUCAACAUGGGCUACCGGAUCACCGGCCUGAGCAGUGGGGGCGCCGGGGCCUCCGACGACGAGGACAGCUCCGAGGGCCAGGUGCAGUGCCGGCCCAGCUAGGCCCUCCUGGCCCCGGUCCCCCGGCCCUGCUACUGACUGGACCCUGUGCCCUGGGCAGGAGGUCAGGGGGUCCCGUUUUGGUUUGUCUUCCCGCCCCUUAUUUUUUCAUUUCCCCUGUUUUAUUUUGUUAGUUUGGCAUUGGGGGUGGGGGUUGCUACAACUUGCCAGCUUUCAGACUCUUGGGCUGAUUGUCCCCGGACUGUCCCCAGCCUUGAGUAGAAGAGCAGGAGGGGCGGCCCCCCACACGCCCCCAUCUUCUGCUUCCACAUCCCUGGAGGGCUCUGGAGGGCUCCUGCAGGCCUCAACCCUCUUCUGCCUCAGGGGAGAGGCAGGCCUGGAGCUGCUGUCAGGGACUGCCCUGCCCUUUGGUUGCCAGCAGCGAAGGGCAGGGAAUUCCCAGGGGGUAAGGGCUAGCCCUGGCUGUUGCGCCCUGUGGGCUCCAGGGAAGGUUCUCACAAAGGGUGGGGUCCCACCAUCCCUCCUGAGCCACAGUGUUAGAUGCAAGCCUGGGGAGGAAGGGGAGCCCAGGAGCCUGCCAGCCCAGGCCACCCACCCUGGUCAGCAGAGCCUUCUCACCCCCUCCUGUCUGGGCAUGGGCUCCGGCCCUGAGCCUGCUCUCCCUGACCAGCUCUGGGGGCUCUGUCCUUGCUAGGGGCCCCGGCAGAGGGUGGGGCACCACAGAAUACCCCACCCGCCGGUGCCAGCCCUUCCACAUGGCGGCGGCCACUCUCCUCCUGGGCGCUCCUCGGCCUCACUGUGACCUCUCUGCCAGAGCUCCCAGCUGGGCCCCUCUGCUGAGGUGGCACUUCCUGCAAAGGGCCCGCUCUGCCCUUUCUGCCCUCCUUCCCACCCCACAUGCUGAGCCGCCACAAAGACCAAAGAAGUGAUGGCUUUUCUCAGUCCCCUGCUGCUCUGGGGGGAGGGGCGGCUCCGACUGGGAAGUCCUGGCUCAGCCCUCCCUCCUCAGCAGCCUGAGCUUUACACUGGACACAGCGGCCCCCACCACGCACCCAGCCUUCUGCUCCCUCGGCCCCCUCAGCCCCCUCGGCUCUGCGCUCCCAGCUGCUCCAGGGAGCCGGUUCCUUCCUCGUCUCCCCCGCCCCUCAGUGCUUACUUGGCUCCAGCCCUCCAGCUGCAGCCUCUGGGGAGAAGCAGCCUCCCUUCUUCUCUCCCUCCCUCCCCCUGCCGGUCCUCCUCCCUCCCCCAGUCUCUGCCAGGUGCCUCCUCUCAGUCAGGCUUCAGAGCGGCCCUGGAGACAGGAGGGCCAUGUUAAAAGCUUUUUCACAGUUUUAAGAAGGCAAGGGGGGUGAGGAUAGUGGUGGGGGGCCUGGCACCAUCUCGUUGCUUUAAUCCCAGCCACACAGGUGGCGGCUUCUCUCCCUUCCUCCCCACCCCAGUCCCUCUUGCCUCCCCUCUCUAGCUUGGUAAUGAAGUAUAUUUAUUGGUGAAGGAAACAGCUGCUGCUGCUUCUCCUGCUGCUGGGACUUGCUCCCCGUCUCUUCUCCAUGACCUUUCUCUCUCCAGGGGGCGGGGGAAGCAGGAAUAUCCGGGCUGGGGCCCAGGGACGGCCAGGGCCCGGAGCUUACCUGUGUUCCACCACCGCCGCCAUUUCCUCCCUCUUCCCCUGCCUCCGGCUGCCAGUCCCCUGCCUGCCCAGCCUGGGCCCUGCAGUGUGGAGGGACACUUAAGCCUUACUGUCCUCUGGGGGCAGGAGCCCAGCCUUUUUGUUGCUCCGCUCCCAGGAGAGUGAGGGUGAUGCAAUUGAUUAAAACCAUUUUGUUCUAGG